CCUGCCCUUGACCCCUAGGGUGCUGGCACGUCCUCAUGGUGGGCAGCGUGUGGGCAGCUCUGGGGCUCACCCUGACCUGCAUCUCCGCUCUCAGCCUUGUCUCCCCGGCAUGGCUGCAGACCCCCAGUUUCUCCUUUGGCAUCCUCACCUACUGCUCCUCACCUCAGGACGACAGCUGGAACCAGAGCUGUGAGACUUUUGGGUCCCUGCAGGAUAUUCCUGACUUUGCCUGGAAGGUCUCGGUCGUGAUGCUCCUUGGAGGCUGGCUCCUGUUGGCCUUCAAUGCCCUUCUCCUCCUGUCCUGGGCCCUUGCUCCCAAGGGGCUGUGCCACAGAAGGGGCGGUGGCCCCAUGCCAGGAGUGCAGGCAGCGGCAGCAGCCAGCACCAUUCUGGGCCUGCUGGUUUUCCCCAUCAGCCUGGCCUCCCCGUUUGCCAAGGAAGCCUGCGAGACCUCCUCCCUCUACUACGCAGGGAAGUGCCAGCUGGGCUGGGGCUAUGUGACAGCGAUCCUCAACGCAGUCCUCUCCAGCCUUCUGCCCAUGAUGAGAUGGCCCCAAAAGACCACGGUCCAGGGAAGGGUCAUUGUCUUCUCCAGAGACUCAGAGAGAAUCGUCCUUAUGCCAGAAAUGAACACAUGAAAAUCCCCCAGAAGAGCAGGACGAGCCCACGUUACAUGAGAUCACCACACAGCCACGUCCAUCCCCACUGCCAUCACCUCUUCCUUGCUGUGUGACCUCACGAGAGUUGCUUCCCUUCUUGGGACACAUUUCUUUUUCUUUCAUAAC